AUGUUCACGCGUCUCUCAGCGUCGGUGCGGCAGACACACGCGGUUCUAGCGACGCGGCAUACAGCUGUUCUUACUUGUUGGCGGCAUGCCAGUCGUGGUGAGGGGGGAAAGCGGCACCCCCGACGUACAUCUCAACCGAGGCAGAGCCGUGCAGCGGCGGCAGCGACACCGUCCGACGUGUCGGUGAGGGAAGCGGAACGACUACUGACAAGUGCCGUCGCGCCGCCGUCGUUGGCGCCGUUUUUGGUGCCCCCGCCAGCGACGAGGAGGAAGAAGAGUCAAGUGACGAGCGGGAGCCCAACCUUCAGCAGUACCGUGGAGGAGGCAAAGGUGAACAGCAGGGCGCCGGUGGAAGAAUCGGGGAGUUAUGAUACGGUGCCGGAGCGCAUUGGGCAGGUGGCAAUGAAGGACAAGAAGAAUAAGGCAACGUCAGUGGUGACGACGACCGAGAAGAGGAAAAAGAAGAAGGUAUCAGAAGGGGCUCAGCGGCAGAACUCAACGCCGGUGGCUCGUGGCAUAGAUGAGCAAAUAGAGAAGGAGGAGACAAAAAGGAAAGAUGCCGUUUCAGUUUCUGACGAUGAGGCUAUUUUGGACGAGGAAAGUGAGCAGUUCAUGCAGCUGCUGGUGGAUGAGACGAUGCGGCGCAAACAGCAGCGACGUGGUGUGUCCCUCGAGGGACGCGAAAAUGAUAACAACGUGGCGGGAGAAGAAGAAGAAGAGUACCCCGCGCGGCUGGAAUUUGUACAUCGAAGCGAUGUGGGAAAAGACACGGUCGACGAUGCAGACGAGGAGGGAGCGAACAGAGCAGCAGAGAGGACCGCACAACGGACGGAGGAAACGGCGAAAGACGACGAUGCUGCCAGCUGCAUCGACGAGCUCAGUGAUGAUCAACGCCGUGCGGUGGAGUUGGCGCUCCAGCGACGCAACUUGUUUGUCACGGGUGGUGCUGGGACGGGCAAGUCGCUUGUUAUUCGUGAGAUUGUGCGACAGAUGCGUGAGGGGGGGCGGCGCUCCGUUUUUGUCACGGCGACAACUGGCGUGGCUGCUUUGAAUGUGCGCGGGUCCACCAUCAAUAGUUUUGCCGGUGUGAAGUUUGGUGAUGGCGAGGCGCGGGAACUCCUGAAGUGGGUGCGCCGCAACCGCCGCGCUGCGGGGCGGUGGAAGUACUGUCAAACCCUCAUCAUUGAUGAAAUCUCCAUGAUGGAUCCAGAGCUGCUUGACAAGUUAGACUACAUUGCCCGGGCGAUACGACGCCGUGCGGAUGAGCCGUUUGGCGGGAUUCAUGUCAUUUUGUGCGGGGACUUUUUGCAGCUCCCGCCUAUUCCACCCCGUCGCACGCAGUGGUCGCAGCAGCGGCAGCCGGAGGACGAGGCGGUGAGGGACGAAGAUGCGGAAGAGGAGGAAGCGAUGCCGGAUCGGCCUAAGAAGCGGUAUUGCUUCGAGGGGGAUGCAUGGAAGGCACUGGGGCUCACAACUGUUGUGCUGCAGCAGAAGUUUCGUCAGAACGAAGAUGCGAAAUUCCAACGCGUCCUUGACGAUGUGCGAAUUGGGGUGCUUUCAGGGGAGACGUACGAGAUGCUCAUGUCCCGCGCGGCCUUAAAGACGACGAAGGCGAAGUCCCGGAAGGGCCGCCAGCCCGCCGACAACUCAGACAAUAGGGCGAUGAUAGAGGGAGAGGAGGGAGAAGAUGUUGAAGGUGGCAGUUACGUGCGGUUGUGUGCCACAAACAAGGAGGUUGAGGCCCGCAACGCAAAGCACUUUGCCGCAUUGGAGCCGCAGGGACUUGGGGAUUUCUCCAGGCAAACAGCUGCAACUUCCUCGUUUUACUCCUCACGGCUGCAGGACCGUGAAAAAAACAAUAACAAUAAUGAGGGAGAGGAGGAGGAGGAAGAGGAUGUGAUGCGUGAAAUGGAAGAGACGGAGGAUGAUAUUCGCCCACUGCAGAUUUACCGUGCACACGAUAAAUACGAUGAGGACGAUGCCGCCUCCGCCGGCCCGCCGUCGUGGGUGAAGUUUGACGACAGCACAUUACCCACGGAGCUUGCGCUGAAGGUGGGCACCCGCGUGAUGCUUCUGCAGAACAUUUCGCUUCGUUUAGGACUUGUGAAUGGUUCUGUAGGGGAGGUGGUCGGCUUUCUGCACCCGCUGGAGCUUGUCGAGCUUGUCCUGCGGGCCCCACGUGAGCGGUAUCACGUUUCCGCACGUGGACAGGAGUUGUUGCGUCGCGGGGGGUUCCCCACAAUUAACGAUGCCUUUCGUUGCGUGGACACGUCAUUGGGGCAGUCUCUUUUCUGGUCGCUGCGGCAGCGCGGCCUGCGGCAGCCGGCAGAGGUGAGUUACGGUAGUGUUUAUGGCAAUGCACACUGCCGUGAUGUGCAGCAGCUUGUGGGGAUUUCGCCCUCGACGUCUGUGCACCCACUCGAGCUGUACAUUGGCGGCAUCCCACCGCAACAACUGCGCCUCACCCGACUGCCGGUGGUGAAGCUCGACCUGCAGCCCCAACAUCUUACCCUCCGCACCGACAAGGUAGAUGGGGCAAACGGGAAACGGAGUCGCAGCGUGCAGCUUCCGCGGCAUGUGUACGCUUUUGUGUCGCCGUACUCGCAUCAAUGGUACAUGGGCGAUCAGGUCGUCGCGACACGCACGCAGAUCCCGUUGCGGCAAGCCUGGGCCAUCACUGUGCACAAGGCACAAGGACUGACGAUAUCUCACGUGGAGGUUGCAAUGCAUCGGUUCUUUUCUCCCGGGCAGGCGUAUGUUGCAUUGAGCCGCGGCACGCAGUUGGAGAAGAUCCGUCUUUUGAACUUUAACGAAAAAAGUAUUCGCGCCUGUCCGAUUGCAAAAGGCUUUUACUCCAUGCUGGAGAGUGCGGAAAAGGAAACGGGUGAUGAGGCAGAUGCUUAA